AUGCUGCGCGCCUCCAUUCUCGCGGCCCGUCCUGCUGCCCGCCCAUUGGCACGCGCCGCCCGCCCGCAAUGGCGCGUCGCCCAGCGCUGGUACGCCGACGACAGAAAGCUGGACCAGACGGCCGUCCCCAACCCAGCGCCUGUCGUCGAGCCCUCGGCCGAUCCUGCGAGCCCGCCGAGCAUCCAACAGGCCACCAUCCCGCCGUCUGAGGUGCCCCGCGCCCCGCCUGCGCCCGAGACGACGAUUGUCAACAAUGCGGCCAGCACCGCCAGCACUGCAUCGCGCUCAGCCCCCGUCAUCCAGCCCGCAACCACGCCCCCCACCGGCCCCGGCACCGCGAGCGUCGCCCCCGAUCCCGUCCAGCCCAAGCCCAAGCCCAAGAAGCGCCGCUUCCGCCGCUUCCUGCUGUGGCUCACCAUCCUCUCCGGCCUCAGCUACGCCGGCGGCGUCUACUACUCGCUCGUCUCGGACAACUUCCACGACUUCUUCACCGAGUACGUGCCCUUUGGCGAGGAUGCCGUCGCCUACUUCGAGGAGCGCGAGUUCCGCCGCCGCUUCCCUGCACGCCCCGACCAGCCCCGUCUGCACCAGCAGAUCUCCGGCGAGAACAAGGUCACCAUCCCCGGCAAGAGCGGACUGACCGCCCGCGUCGCAGAGGACCCCCACACCAGCGCCGUCAGCGACAACAACCCCAAGCCCAAGAUCGAGCAGCCCAAGGUCGGCUCCAACCAGCACACCCCGCCCAAGGGCGUCCAGGAGGCAAAGAAGGAGCACGAGCAGCACGAGAAGCCCGCCGCCACAUCAGCUACCCAGCCGGAGCCCAAGACGGUUAUCCUCGACGCCCCUGCCACGCCCAUCUCGCAGAUCGACCACCUGAGCGUGCCCUCGGCGAGCGAGCCCGUCGUCCAGGACGUGGUCAAGAUCGUCAACGACCUCAUCACCGUAGUCAACGCCGACAAGACGCACGCUGGAAAGUACAACUCGGCCCUCGACAAGGCCAAGUCGGAGCUCGCCCGCGUCGUCGCCGACAUCAACCUGCUCAAGGACAACCUGAACAAGGCCGCCGAGGACAAGGUCAAGGCCGCCCACGCCGAGUUCGACGAGGCCGCCAAGGAGCUCGUCCAGCGCCUCGACCACCAGAUGCAGGCCCAGGAGACGCACUGGAAGGAGGAGUACGAGAACGAGCGCGAGCGCCUGCAGCAGGCCUACAAGAGCAAGGUCAAGUCUGAGCUCGAGGCCGCUCACAAGGUCUACGAGCAGAAGCUCAAGAACGAGCUCCUGCAGCAGAGCAUCAGCCUGCAAAAGUCUUUCACCAAGGACGUCCGCGACCGCGUCGAAGCCGAGCGCGACGGCCGUCUUGGCAAGCUGAACGACCUCUCCAACUCUGUCCACGAGCUCGAGAAGCUGACUGCCGAGUGGAACUCGGUCGUCGACGCCAACCUCAAGACCCAGCACCUUGUCGUCGCCGUCGAGGCCGUCAAGUCUGCCCUCGAGACACAGGUCGUUCCCAAGCCGUUCGUCACUGAGCUCGCCGCCCUCAAGGAGAUCGCCGCUGAUGACCCCGUCGUCAGCGCUGCCAUCUCCAGCAUCAACCCCACCGCCUACCAGCGCGGCAUCCCCAGCUCCGCUCUCCUCAUCGACCGCUUCCGUCGCGUUGCAUCUGAGGUCAGGAAAGCUGCGCUCCUCCCCGAAGACGCCGGUGUUGCCUCCCACCUUGCCUCCCUCGCCAUGUCCAAGGUUCUCUUCAAGAAGUCUGGGUUAGCUGUUGGCGGCGAUGUCGAGGCUGUGCUUGCCCGCACCGAGGUUCUGCUCGAGGAGGGCGACCUCGACGCUGCCGCUCGCGAGAUGAACGGUCUGCAGGGGUGGGCCAAGGUCCUGAGCAAGGACUGGCUGAGCGAGUGCAGGAGAGUCCUCGAGGUCAGGCAAGCCUUGGAUGUCAUUGCCACAGAAGCGAGACUGCAGAGUUUGCUUAUCGACUAA